AUGUCAGCACCACAUACGAUGUUCUAUGAUAAAUACUGGUUCCAAACACGUCUUCCGAGUAUUACAGCUGUAUACUCAGUUGUGUCUCUAUUCACGAUUUUCGUGAACCUCCUUUUGUGCGUUGCCUAUUGGAGGGAUCCUUUUCGCGAGCUUCAAGCCGUUCAAAACUACUACAUAUUUAAUUUAGGACUUGCGGAUCUCAUCAUGGGCGCCCUUUCGGAGCCUCUGCUGAUAGCCACAUACUGGAACAGCAACAAUGCAAUUUUCUUCGUUCAUUACUUAUUUGCUAUCAUUUCCGCGUCUUGUUCUCUGUUGAACAUAAUGGCCCUCUCGAUCGUCCGCUAUUUUGCCGUCCAAAAGCCAUUUGUGAGUCAAAACAUCAUUAAUAAGAGGAACGUAAAAAUCAGCAUAGCCGUUAUUUGGGGCAUUGCAAUUCACUUUGCUCUUCUUCCUGUUGCGGGAUGGAGAGACAAAACAUUUCAGUUAUAUUUAUAUGGUUUAGGAUGUGUCGUACCCACUGUUGUCUUCACGGCUUCAUAUUUGAUGGUCUACCGUGCAAUACGCAAACGCACAGCCAUGAUCAAACUCAUCGGGAAAGAGAAGAAAAGUCAACUUUUGAGAAACACAAUUCGUAUUGAGAAAAAAGCGACACGAACAGUCUUGAUUGUCCUUGUGGUUUUCUGGGUCUUAUGGAUCCCUUUUCUCAUUUGUGAUUUUGCUUUCGUUCAAUGUUCAAACUGCAGAACCUUCGCAUUUAGCCUCGCCCGCGACAUUACUCUCUCCUUGGUUUACUUUAGUAGCGGAAUAAAUCCACUGAUCUAUGCGUGGCGAAUAAAGGCAUACAGAAGAGCUUUCCUGCGAGUCUUGGGCUUUAAGGUGCUUUCG